GCCAGUGGGAAGAAGAGUCAUCUGCUGAGCAAACGCCGCAGAUACAGAAAACACUUCGAAACGUAACGCUGUGGUCAUGUGAAAGAUGUAAAAGAGAUCAUUGCGUUUGGAAGGAAAUGUGCGCGAAUUAAAUCAUCUGGAUUUUUGAUGGACUAUCUUGUCAGGAGACGUCGAGGACCUUUUCUCGAUUCUGUUCGCAUAACUUAAGCAAGGGGUUAAAAUAUCCGCUUUGAGGUAUUUGUAAUAUGUAACCAAUAUCACCGCAAACAGACAAUUGCCAGAGGUUUACAUUGAAAUUCUAGCCUGAAGACAUUUGGCUAUCGAUGUAAUGAUUAAAUUGAUCAGCAGUCUUAGCAUAGUGUUUAACGUUUCAUACAAAAGAUGGAAACAAGAUGCGUGGUCUCUUUGCUCAUUCUACUGACUGGACACUUCGUCUUGAUAAGUGCUCAAGGGAAGGGGCAACUUUCCACGGGACUCGUGUCUCCAAACCUGAAAUCUGCACUUGGAAAAGGCAGUGUGGUUAAUGAGUCCAUGCCUCGACGACCAAGAGUUUUGCCGCCUAUGUGCACAGGUCCCACAGAAAUAAGAGAUACUUUCAAGUAUAUUAACACCGUGGUUUCGUGCCUUGUGUUUGUAGUUGGGAUAAUCGGGAACUCUACGCUGCUCAGAAUCAUUUAUAAAAAUAAAUGCAUGCGGAACGGUCCUAAUAUCCUCAUUGCAAGUCUGGCGCUUGGGGACCUGUUGCAUAUUGUCAUAGACAUUCCCAUUAACGUCUAUAAGCUUCUGGCUGAAGAUUGGCCAUUUGGUGUUGGACUUUGCAAAAUGGUUCCCUUUAUACAAAAGGCAUCAGUUGGCAUCACAGUGCUGAGUUUGUGUGCACUGAGCAUAGACAGGUUUCGAGCAGUGGCAUCGUGGAACCGCAUCAAAGGCAUUGGCGUCCCUAAAUGGACAGCCAUUGAAAUCAUUCUAAUAUGGGUGAUGUCCAUUAUACUUGCAGUGCCAGAGGCCAUUGCCUUUGACAUGAUCACAAUGGACUACAAAGGAGAGCAGCUUAGGAUUUGCUUGCUCCACCCUAUGCAGAAAAACAAGUUCAUGAAGUUUUAUAAGUCAGCCAAAGAUUGGUGGCUUUUCAGUUUCUACUUCUGCAUGCCGCUGAUGUGUACUGCUAUCUUCUACACUCUCAUGACCUGUGAAAUGCUUCGAAAGAAGAAUGGGGUCCAAAUUGCACUUAGUGAUCAACUAAAACAGAGGCGUGAGGUGGCUAAAACCGUGUUCUGUCUGGUGCUAGUCUUUGCACUGUGCUGGCUUCCACUGCACCUCAGUCGUAUUCUUAAGCUUACCAUUUAUGAUGAAAGGGACCCGAACCGCUGCGAGCUUCUGAGUUUCUUCCUGGUUCUUGAUUAUAUCGGGAUCAACAUGGCAUCGGUGAACUCAUGCAUAAACCCAAUCGCUUUGUAUAUGGUUAGCAAGCGCUUCAAGAGCUGCUUCAGAUCAUGUCUGUGUUGCUGGUGCCUUCCUCCUGAAAUGUUAGCCAUGGAUGAUAAGCAGUCCUGCAUGAAGCUGAAGGUGACAGAGCGAGGAUCUGAACAAAGCAAUAGCCGUGCCUCCAACAAAUACACUUCAACUUAGGCAUUGAUCUGCAUACAGGUAUCGGUGGUCUACAAAUUGCAUUUAACAUUUAGCUAAUACCAUAAAACUCUGUGUCAGCUGUAGGUAUACUGAUUACAAGUAAAUGUGUUGCUGAAAGGUAUAAAGAAGGAUAUGUCUGUUAAAAUCUCAGUUUUUAUCCACUCCUCACUGGUUUAGUAUUAGGAAGUGCUUCAAAUUUGAAUUAACAUUGCCAUCCACAAUUUGUAACAUAAUGUUAAUGUUUUAGAUGCUCUUUAAAGGUUAAAAAAAGUUAAAAUUCAACUUAAUGAUUUAAAAAGUAUUUAACAUGUCAGCACUGGCUACAUGUCACAUCUGAAAAAUGCUCAGAAGUUUUGUCCAGCUCUGCAUACAUUCAUGCUUAAGGAAUUGUGUCGAAAAUAUUCAACCAAAUUUGAAAGUGACUUCACAUGCUCUCUGUAGUUCCCUGUACAUUUAAAGCAGAGGUUUUCAAACCAGUCCUGGAGUACCCCCAGCACUACACAUAUUUAUGUCUCCAUUAUUGGACACCCAAUUCAGUCUCUGCAAAUAAGCUGAUGAGUUGAAUUAGGUUGGUUAAAUCCAGUAUUGCGGGGUAACGCAUUACAAUUGUGUAAUCUGAUUACGUUUUUCAAGUAACUAGUAAAGUAAUGCAUUACUUUUCAAUUUACAAGAAAAUAUAUGCAGUACUUUUUUUAAAAGUAAUGCCAGUUACUUUGUUUUCCCAUUUAUUGACUGACAGCUCUCCUAUUCCCAUAUUGAGAGAAAUUGGGUGUAAGUGCAGAGGCGUGUGCCCUGUGUAUGGUUACUGUAGUUCUAGGCUAAAUGUGAACAUGCAUUUACUCAUCUCACUUGCACAAAAAUAGAUUCAGCAUUUCUCCAAAACAAUAAAGAAAAAUUUUGAACAAACAAGCAAGCCUAGCCCAUAUUUGAAAAGUAGCUCAAAAGUAAUGUAACUCAUCACUUUCCAUGAAAAGUAACUAUAACGCAAUUAGUUACUUUCUUAGGGAGUAACGCAAUAUUGUAAUGCAUUACUUUUAAAAGUAACUUUCCCCAACACAGGUUAGCAGAGAGGUCAGGGAGACAUACAAAAUGUGCAGUGCUGGGGGUACUCCAGGACUGGUUUGAAAACCCCUGAUUUAACGAAUUUCCAAAUGUAAUAAAGAGAGUGAUUGUAAAAACAAUGCUAGGUUUGUUUUUGGUGUACAUGUAUGGAGUUGCCCUGAAGCAUAGUUCAAGUCAACAAGCUUAUUUCAAUAGCUCUUUUAUGCCAGAAGAAGAUACAUUAAACCUAAAAUAGAAAAGUAUAUUUCUUUUGUGAUUAUUAUUAUUAUCAUUAAUAUUAUUAUUAUUACUACUACUACAAGCUUUGAGAUGUUAUACCUUUUUGAUUGUUUGUUUGAGUUGGGGGGGAGGGGGGUCAGCCACGUGGUGUGGUUUCAUAAUUCAUCAUGUAUCUUUAAGCGUAGUGUAUUUGUCAGCGUUUGUCAAUGUUGCACAUGCUUGCAAACUUAUGUUAUGAUUAUCUCAUCUGCCAAGAGCUUUUGUUUGAGAUUUACACAAGUUGUAUGAUUAAUCUUCCACAUGACUCAAGGCCUCAGACAUUUUACUACUCAUUUAAUUGUGUUAUAAUUCCUGCUGACUCUGUUCAGUUUUUUUUUUUUGUAGUUCUUCUUACUAAUAUUUAUAUACUUCUUUCUUCUUAUGUAAGAAUGUAUUUAUCUUAAAUGUGUUGUAAAAAGCUUAUUUUGAGACAAUAAAAACAGAAAAACAUGUUUA